UGCAGGUGACAGGUGACCGGAAGCGGCCCCGGGAAGGGGAAACCAGGAAAGGGAUGGAGCGGCCGCCGGUGCAGCACGGAGCCGUGUGCGGCCCGUGGGAGAUGAAGGACCGGCUCGGUACCGGGGGAUUCGGCAAUGUGUGCCUCUAUCAGAACCGGGAAACCGGAGAGCUGAAAGCCAUUAAAUCCUGCCGGCUGGAGCUGAGUACGAAGAAUAAAGAGCGAUGGUGCCAGGAGAUUCACAUAAUGAAAAGAUUAAAUCACCCCAACGUGGUGAAGGCGUGCGACGUCCCCCCGGAGAUGGACUUCCUGGUGAACGACGUGCCUCACCUGGCGAUGGAGUACUGCGCCGGGGGGGAUUUACGGAAGCUUCUGAACAAACCGGAAAACUGCUGCGGCUUGAAGGAAAGCCAGGUGCUGAACCUCAUCAGCGACAUAGGUUCCGGGAUUCAGUAUCUACACGAAAAUCGAAUCAUCCACAGAGAUCUAAAGCCGGAAAACGUGGUGCUGAUGGAGAGUAAUGGGAAGACGCUGCACAAGAUCAUUGAUUUGGGAUACGCCAAGGACCUCGAUCACGGGAGUCUCUGCACGUCGUUUGUGGGUACCCUGCAGUACCUGGCCCCGGAGCUCUUUGAGAACAAGCCGUACAGCGCCACCGUCGAUUACUGGAGUUUUGGCACCAUGGUGUUCGAGUGCAUCUGCGGUUUCCGUCCCUUCUUACACUAUAUGCAGCCGUUCACCUGGCACGAAAAGAUUAAGAAGAAGGACGCGAAGCACAUCUACGCCUAUGAAGACCUGUCCGGCGAGAUAAGGUUUAGCGCCAAUCUGCCGGCGCCCAAUAACUUAUGCAGCAUCAUGGUGGAGCAGUGGGAAGCUUGGUUACAGCUGGUCCUCAACUGGGACCCCCAGAGCCGCGGUGGGCUGAUUGAUCCCGCCACUGGUCGUCCACGAUGCUUCCAGCUCAUGGAUAAUAUCCUAAACCUCAAGGUCGUGCACAUCCUGAACAUGACGUCGGCCAAAAUCCUCUCUGUGCUCCUGCAACCCGACGAGAACCUGCUCUCCUUACAGUCUCGCAUCGAGAGGGAGACCGGGAUCAGCGCCGGCAACCAGGAACUGCUGCUGGAAAUGGGACUGUCUCUCGACCCUCGUAAACCGGCCUCGCAGUGCGUCAUAGACGGGGUGAGAGGAUGGGACAGUUACAUGGUAUAUUUGUUCGACAAAAGCAAAACCGUCUACGAGGGGCCCUUCCAGUCGAGAAGCCUAUCGGAAUCCGUUAAUUACAUCGUCCAGGACAGCAAGGUCCAGUUCCCCGUCGUCCACUUGCGCAAGGUCUGGGCGGAGGCGGUACACUACAUUUCCGGCCUGAAAGAAGACUACAGCCGUCUCUUCCAGGGUCAGAGAGCCGCCAUGCUGAGUCUUCUGCGCUACAAUACGAACCUGACCAAGAUGAAGAACACCAUGUUCUCCGCUUCCCAGCAGCUGGAAGCCAAGCUGAGGUUUUUCAAGCAGAGCAUCAACAUCGACCUGGAACGCUACAGCGACCAAAUGACCUACGGCAUCUCUUCCGAGAAGAUGCUGAGGGCCUGGAAGGAGAUGGAAAAUAAAGCUGUGGCCUGUGGGAAGGCUGGAGAGAUCGGCUUCCUGGAUGAACUGAUCAUGGAGCUUCACACGGAGAUAGUGGAACUGCAGAGGAGUCCGUACGCCCGCAGACAAGGAGACGUGAUGGACCAGCUAGAAAAAAGAGCUAUUGAAUUAUACAAACAGCUGAAAGGGAAAUCCUGGUCUCCAGACAAUGCCUACUGUGACAGUACCGAAAUGGUUAAAAUCAUCGUGCAGACGGUGCAGAGUCAGGAUCGCGUGCUCCGGGAGCUGUUUGGACACCUGAGCCGGCUUUUCAGAUGUAAGCAGAAGAUCAUCGACCUGCUUCCCCAAAUUGAGAUGACGGUGAAUACCAUUAAGGACGCCGACAGCUCCCUGAUGCAGAUGCAGGCCAAGAGACAGCGGGAGAUAUGGCACCUGCUGAAAAUCGCAUGCACACAGAGCUCGGCGCGCUCGCUCGGCAGUUCCAGUCUAGAGCCCCCCAACACUCUACAGACCAGCGACUGGUCGGACCGAAGCUCCCCGCAGCCUCUCUGCGCAGCCUCCAUGCCCAAGGACAAAAGCAGGGAGAACUGCAGACGGCUAAUAGACGACAAUCUGGUUUAUCAGAAGCAGCUGAGCACCUUAAUCCUGGCGACCUCCGUGGAGCAGGAGAACAGCAUCAUGAGCAUGGACUGGGGUUGGUUAAAGCAGUGACGGAGGCUCCGUUGGUUAGAAGCAGCCCUGGCCAUCUCGGUGGAAGAUGCUUGGUGUGGCCACCUGCCAUUCGCAAGCCCCGCUCCUCCAGGAUGGCAUGAAGCUCUCCUACAUGGAAGGGUUUGACCGGCCGGGGUCCAGAACCAGCUGCGUCGUUCUCGCAAUCUCUCUCGUCCCCACCAUGUUUGGCGCUACAACGUGCCGUCUUCCAUCUUCUAGCGCCAUGAGGUCCACGUCCCGACCAGACCUCCGAUCCGACCGCCCAACCAAGAGUCGUACGCGGGUUUAGCUGCCACCAGGCAGAAAAACUGCUACCGAUUCUUUUUGUUUGCUUUCUGUAUCCUCUGAGAGGAAGACCCUCGGCCCCCUGGGUUUUGGAAAUGACCCCUACCCAUGAGAAAUUAGUAUUUUACCUGAAUUAAUAAAGGGGGGGGGGGGCGUAAUAUUUUUGUGUAUCUGUCAAAAAUGUCAGGUCUGUAUAUGUGUACAAAAAAAUGUUUUUGCACGUUUUGUAUAAUUUCAUUUAAAUUUCAUAUUUAAAUUGCGAAGAAUCUACUUCUUGAAUAAAUACAAUUCUACUUUCUGGUA